AUGCCUUCCACACAAGCACCUUCCACGACGGACGCAAUUGCCGUCCACAAGAACUAUCGCAUCCAAUACCCCCAAGAGCGCUACUUCAUCAAGCAACCCGUCGCACCUGGCUCAUACCUCGGCCCCAUUGACGCCUCUUUGCCCAAUGCCGACAAGGUUCCUCUGUUGUUCCAGCCUUUCCAGGUCAAGGAUCUGACCUUGCCCAACAGAGUGGUCGUUGCCCCCAUGGGUCAAUUCUCUAGUCAGGACGGUUUCUUUACAGACUAUCACCUCGUCCAUCUCGGAUCCUUUGCCACCCAUGGCGCCGGUUUGAUCUUGGCCGAGGCGACGGCGGUUGUGCCAGAGGGCCGGAUUUCGCCUGCUGAUACCGGUCUUUGGGACGACAAGCAAAUCCCUGGGUUGAAGCGGAUCGCUGAUUUUGUUCACGCCCAGGGUUCCAAGCUCGGUAUUCAGCUCGCUCACGCCGGACGAAAGGCAUCCGUGAAAGCCCACUACGAGGAGCUCCCAGAGUCGGCGUACUGGAAGGACAAUGUGGUCGCACCCAGCGGCGGAGCCGAGUUUCAAUGGGGUCAGUCCCAUCAUAUCCCUCGCGAGCUCUCGAUCGAGGAGAUUGAGGAGACGAUCAAGGCCUUUGGCACAGCGGCGGCCCGUGCAGCCAAGGCUGGGUUGGACACGGUCGAGAUCCACGGUGCCCAUGGAUACCUGAUCCAUCAAUUCCUUUCCCCCGUCAGCAACCAUCGCACGGAUCGCUAUGGUGGGUCGCUCGAGAACCGAGCUCAGUUCUUGCUGGAGGUCAUUCGGGCUGUCCGUGAGAACUUUCCUGCAGAGAAACCAAUCUUGCUCAGAGUUUCGGCCACGGAUUUCGUUGAGCACUUGGAUCAGCCUUCGUGGGACAUUGCACAAACGGUUCAGAUCGCAAAGUGGGUCAAGGAGGCUGGCGUGGAUGUCUUCCAUGUGUCUGCGGGUGGGAACACGGCGAAGCAGCGGAUCAAGGCCUUCCCCGGUUACCAGGUUCCUUUCGCUGAACGUGUGAAGAGGGAGGUGCCCGGUCUUGUGGUCGUGGCGGUCGGUAUCAUCACGGAAGGCAAGCAGGCUGAGGAAGUGUUGGAGAAGGAGAAGGCCGACUUGAUUGCUGUUGGCCGUGGGUUCUUGAGACACCCCAACUUUGUCAUCAACGCUGCCCAGGCUCUGAACGUCAAGGCCAAGUUCUCUCAGCAGUACGAGCAUGGCCGUAUCUAA